AGACAAACACCAUCUGAACAUUAACUUCAGUCUAAGUUUAAUCUUUGAGCCCAUCAGAACACAGACGCAGCGCUUCCUCCAGUGUUCAGCCGUGUGUCGCUCAACAUGGAGAUCUCAUUUGAAGGCAAACAUGCUCUGGUCACGGGAGCAGGAAAAGGGAUUGGCAGGGCCACGGCUCUGGCUCUGGCACGCUGCGGGGCAAAGGUCACCGCAGUCACGCGCACGCAGGCCGACCUAAACAGUCUGGUGCAGGAGUGUGCAUCCAUCACCCCGGUAUGUGUGGACCUGGCAGACUGGGGGGCCACCGAGGCGGCCCUGCAGGACGUCGGCCCCAUCGAUCUGCUGGUGAAUAACGCUGCCUGCGCCAACCUGCAGCCAUUUCUGGAGGUCACACCUGACAAGUUUGACCAGGCAUUCAGUGUGAAUGUGAAAGCUGUGCUGCACGUGUCCCAGAUAGUAGCUCGUGGUAUGAAGGCCAGAGGAUCAGGAGGCUCUAUUGUCAAUGUGUCCAGCCAGGCCUCGCAGUGCGCCCUCAGAGACCAUGCUGUCUAUUGUGCCACAAAAGGGGCCCUGGACAUGCUGACUAAAGUCAUGGCUUUAGAGCUGGGACCACAUCAGAUCCGUGUGAACAGUGUGAACCCUACAGUGGUGAUGACUGAGAUGGGCCGCCUGGGCUGGAGCGACCCCGAAAAAGCCAAGACUAUGAUGUGCCGCAUCCCCCUCGGCCGUUUCGCAGGUGGAGGACGUGGUGAACAGUAUUUUAUUCCUGCUGAGCGACAAGAGCAACAUGACCAACGGAGUCACUCUACCGGUGGAUGGAGGCUUCCUGGCCUGCUGACCUACGAGAUCCUUGCUGUGGCACAUUGUCCCUCUGUUAAGAAAAAAAAGCGUCUUAUUCCAUCACAUGCGGCCCCAAGAGAUCAAUCUUGUGCACUAAAUAAACUUACCUACUGCAUAACUUCCCUAUAGAUUCCCUGUUAUUUGUGGUUGAUGUAGGAUUAAGGGAAACGUAUCUGUUUUUCUUUUGUUUAUUUUAAUGUUUUUGAGCAUUAGUAGUCUUAUUUUGCCUGUGGACCAGAAUGUUGUAAAGGCUAAGCCCUUACCUACCAACCUCUACACAUAAAUCCCAUAAAACCACCACAUUCAGGUUUUGUACUACAAUUGGAACUCCUUUGCACUACAAUACAAUAUCUUAGUUUGUGUUGUUCUGACUUGAUUUGGGACUAUAUUCUGCAUGAAAAAUAUAAUCAAAGGUCUUCAGUCUACAUUUAGACUGCGGGUCCGUCCACAGCACAGGGCCAAAUAAUGGGUUAAUAAUCCGUCUUCGUUCUUUGUGUUGUAGUGCAAAUAACUCAAUACAUUUGUCACUAAGAAAAUGGGAAAUUACUUUGUUAGUCUUGUUUACCUUCAUGUGUAACUGUAACCAUGGAGACAUCAUGUUGAAGACAGAAAAAAUAAAGAACUGACGGUG